AUGGCCCAGGAGGAGUCCGUCGCCGCUGGCCCCAAGCCCAAGGUCUUCAUCUUCACCGACGCCAACACGGACGACGUGCAGGCCAUCAAGCUGCUGCUCAAGUACUCCAACGUCGAGGUGGCGGCCCUGAUCCCCGACUGCGCGGCUUCUGCAACAUGGAACCUGUUCGGACUGCUCCACUUCAUGGACCGCGACGACAUCCCCAUCUGGGCCGGCCAGGCCUACGCCUCGGCCGAGAUCGACUCGGGCGACUACGGCUGCCGCUACGCCAAGACCGUGCCCCUGUUCCCCAAGGGCAAGAUCUGGGCCGACACCAUCCUGGGCCUCAACCGCCGCUACCCGCACCCGCCCGAGAACCGCAACUACUACCCCAACUACACCACGGUGUUCACCAACUUGCCCCAGGCCGUGGCGGCCACGGACGGCCCGGUCUACUUCCUCUCGCUCGGGGCCUUCAGCACGAUCGACUUCCUCUACCGUCAGAACCCGUGGCUGGUCCAGCGGUGGAUCGCCUCUUCGUCAUGGGCGGCGCUGUCUUCCUACACCGACCCCGAGGCGGCUCGGGCGGUGUUCACUUCGGGCACGCCGAUCACCCUGGUCCCGCUUGACGCGACCAAUGCGUUCCAGCUGUCGUGGGACUGGCUCAACAGCUUCGGCGCGAUCGCGAGGACCAAGGAGGCGCGCUUCUGCCAUGACCUGCUGGCCCUCAUCAAGAACAACUCGGCCUCGACUUCGAUGUAUUCGCUGUGGGACCCGCUCACGGCCGCCAUCCUGGCCGACCCGUCGCUCAUCGUCGAGCAGGUGACGCUCAACCUGACCGUCGCCAUCACCGGGGACCAGGUGGUGCUCGAGGCCGACCCCAACUUCUUCAGCGUCUUCGUCAACAAGCUCAACCAGCGGCCCCACUUUCCCCACUACUAA